UAGACAUAAGUCGUAAUAUCUUGCCAAGUUCAAAUUUUUUAUCUUAGUUUUCAUUAUAAAAAAUUGGCAUUGUAAGAGAUGGGAGGAGGAUUUAAAGUAUUGGAUUUGGUAAAACCGUUUCUACCUAUUCUGCCGGAAGUGCAGAAUCCCGACCACAAGGUCUCGUUCCGACGGAAAGUUAUUUACACUCUGCUAUCUCUUUUUAUAUUUCUGGUGUGCAGUCAGCUCCCGCUCUACGGCAUUCAUUCGACAACAGGCGCGGAUCCAUUAUAUUGGAUGCGUGCAAUUAUGGCUUCCAAUCGUGGUACUCUUAUGGAGCUUGGAAUUACUCCUAUUCUUACUUCUGGCUUGGUUAUGCAGCUUCUAGCUGGUUCUAAACUUAUUCAAGUUGAUAACAAUGUUCGCGAGGAUCGUGCUCUUCUCAAUGGAGCACAAAAAUUGUUGGGGAUUCUGAUUGCUGUUGGUGAGGCUCUUGCUUAUGUGCUCUCUGGGAUGUAUGGUAGCGUUGGGCAGCUUGGUGUUGGGAAUGCUCUUCUCAUUAUCAUUCAGCUAACUUUUGCUGCCAUUAUUGUUAUUUGCCUCGACGAGCUUCUCCAAAAGGGAUACGGUCUAGGCUCUGCCAUUUCCCUCUUCAUUGCUACCAAUACCUGUGAAAAUAUCAUAUGGAAAGGAUUUAGUCCAACCACGAUCAACAGCGGUAGGGGUGCUGAAUUUGAAGGUGCUGUUGUUGCUCUAUUCCAUCUUCUCAUCACUAGGACGGAUAAAGUUAGCGCUCUCCGAGAGGCUUUCUAUAGGCAGAAUCUGCCUAAUCUUACCAGCUUGCUCGCUACCGUUUUGAUCUUUUUGAUCGUGAUAUAUUUUCAAGGAUUUCGUGUGGUUCUGCCUCUCAAGUCUAAGAAUGCCCGUGGUCAACAAGGGUCGUAUCCCAUUAAGCUGUUUUACACAUCGAACAUGCCGAUUAUUCUGCAAUCCGCGCUUGUAUCCAAUCUUUAUUUCAUCUCUCAGUUGCUAUACAAUAGGUUCGGUGGAAAUUUGUUGGUAGAUCUUUUGGGAAUAUGGAAAGAAACUGGAUACUCCAGUGGUCGAUCUAUCCCAGUUGGUGGUCUUGCUUACUAUGUGACACCUCCAUCAAGUUUGGCCGAUAUGGCAGCCAAUCCUUUCCAUGCUCUCUUCUAUGUCGUAUUCAUGCUUUCAGCAUGCGCUCUCUUCUCGAAGACGUGGAUUGAGGUUUCGGGGUCUUCUGCCAAAGAUGUUGCUAAGCAGCUCAAGGAUCAACACAUGAUUAUGACAGGACACCGUGAUUCAAACUUAGAAAAGGAAUUGAAUCGCUACAUUCCGAUAGCAGCUGCCUUUGGAGGAAUGUGCAUAGGAGCACUCUCAAUAUUGGCAGAUUCCAUGGGAGCAAUUGGCUCAGGAACUGGAAUUUUGCUUGCCGCUACUCUUAUUUACCAAUACUUCGAGAUAUUCGAGAAAGAGAGCCAGUGAACAUGAACUUGAAAUCUUUGGCUUUUAAGUUGAGUAGCUUGAAAUUGGAAAUAGUUAGUGUACAAAGCAUAUUUUGGGCACAUGGAUGAUAAUUUUUUUAAGUUUUAUUAUAUUUCAAUUACGAAUUAACUGCAUUUAUUUUCAUCUUCAUAUUUA